CAAUCCUCUUCCCGUCCCUUCUUUUGCACUUCUUUCAAGUGUCCAGCCUCCGUAGAGAGUUACAAGCUCAGCACCCUCACAAUGCCUUCCAACGGGCAAAAGACUGCCAUCCUCUCCGUCUAUGACAAGACCGGCCUCCUCGACCUGGCCAAGGGCCUCCAGGACCGUGGCGUCAAGAUGCUGGCGUCCGGCGGCACCGCCAAAAUGAUCCGCGAAGCCAAUUUCCCCGUCGAAGACGUAUCGAGCAUUACGAAGGCGCCAGAGAUGUUGGGAGGACGAGUGAAGACACUACACCCGGCGGUUCAUGGGGGCAUAUUGGCAAGGAACCUUGACUCGGAUUCGAAGGAUCUGGCCGAGAACAGCAUUGACAAGAUUGACUUCGUUGUCUGCAACCUAUACCCGUUCUCCGAGACCGUAGCGAAGAUCAAUGUCACGAUACCCGAGGCUGUGGAGGAGAUCGACAUAGGUGGCGUCACAUUGCUCCGAGCCGCUGCAAAGAAUCACUCCCGCGUUACCAUCAUUAGCGACCCCAAAGACUACCACGACUUCCUCACGGAGCUAGAGAAGGAGGGCGACGUGUCAGAGAAGAGCAGGCAGCUUUACGCUCUUAAGGCGUUUGAGCAGACCGCGGACUACGACACCGCAAUCUCGGACUUCUUCCGGAAGAAGUAUGCUGGAGGUGGUGACCAGCAGCUGGCAUUGCGAUACGGCGCGAACCCACACCAGAAGCCGGCUGCUGUCUUCAUGAAGGACUCGGCACUACCGUUCAAGGUUCUAUGUGGAUCCCCGGGGUAUAUCAACUUGCUUGAUGCUCUCAAUGCGUGGCCGUUGGUGAAGGAGCUCACUCAGGCUCUGAACUACCCUGCUGCUACGAGCUUCAAGCACGUCUCGCCGGCAGGCGCUGCCAUUGGCGUGCCUCUGAAUGAUGUUGAGAGGAAGGUUUAUAUGGUAGACGACAUCGAGGGCAUCGAGAAGUCUGGUCUCGCUCAAGCUUAUGCUCGUGCCCGUGGAGCCGACCGUAUGUCAAGCUUCGGCGACAUGAUCGCACUAUCGUCGGAAGUCGAUCUUCCAACAGCAAAGAUCAUCAGCCGCGAAGUCUCGGACGGUGUCAUCGCACCAAGCUACUCUGCCGAAGCGCUCGAGAUACUCAAGAAGAAGAAGGGCGGCAAGUACCUGGUUCUCCAGAUGGACCCCGAGUAUGACCCGCCUGCCACCGAGACGCGGUCGGUCUACGGGAUCAACUUGCGACAGCAACGCAACGACGCUCACAUCUCGCCAUCCGACACCUUCAACACCAUCAUAACCCCCAAGGACUCCGCACCGCUAUCCGAAUCAGCACUUCGGGACUUGACCGUCGCCACCAUUGCGCUGAAGUACACUCAGUCUAACAGCGUAUGUUACGCCCUCAACGGCCAGGUCAUCGGCCUAGGCGCCGGCCAACAAUCCCGCAUCCACUGCACCCGCCUCGCUGGCGACAAAGCCGACAACUGGUGGCUCCGCUUCCAUGAGCGCACCCUCGGUCUCACCUUCAAGAAAGGCACCAAGCGCCCCUCGAAAUCCAACGCCAUCGACCUCCUCUGCUCUGGCUCCAUCCCCACCGCUCCAGGCCCCGAGCUCGACGAGUUCGAGGCCAACUUCGAGCCCGGCCAUGUGCCGAAGGCGUUCACAGCUGAAGAGAGGAAAGAGUUCCUCGGGAAGUUGAGCGAGGUGGCGCUGAGCAGCGAUGCAUUUUUCCCGUUCGUGGAUAACGUGUAUCGCGCGGCGCGGAGUGGGGUCAAGUACCUUGCGGCGCCGACGGGGAGCCAGAAUGAUGGGGUGGUUAUGGAAGCGGCGGAGAAGUUGGGGAUCACGUUUGUCGAGCAACCGAUUCGGUUGUUCCACCACUAAGGAAGAGGGUACAUCGAGGACUGUAGGAUGCUAGAUAAGUGCAUGAGGUUAAAAGGUAAAAUACCAAAAUUCAGGAGGUAGCAAUGAUUCAUGAUUGCCUUACCUUGUAUGAACUAGUGAUCCCAUGCCACUCACUCCGACUUCUCAGCGACUAUGGACCAGCGGUGUCGAGGGCAUGGGAAGCGGAAGACGCGUACAUUUUCACGUAACUGGGGCGGAAAGCAAGUAUAAAUUCAUGCCUUAACCUCCCAAAUUCAUGACCCCUAUAGAGACCACUUUCUCGGGUUUCGAAACACCCAGAAUUAUCCAGCGAUGGAUGUUCCGGCGAGACUGAGUGAGCUUGGUGGAAGUUAGGGGAGAUCAACCUACCUCAGAGCAAAUUUCUCAUGGUCUGGUGAAGCCGUCAGCAGAUGAAGACGAUGUUCAUGGGAGUUUUGUGUGCUGAUCAACGCAUCGUUUCUCUGCUGAUCAUCGCGAUACCUUACUGCUAAUG